AUGAGAGAAAUUAUUUCCAUCUCCGUCGGUCAAUGUGGUAACCAAAUUGGCCAACAAUUCUGGCGAACCAUCUCCCAAGAACACGGUCUCUCCAUGGACGGCAAAUACAUUGGCACCAACCCUCUCGAAAAGGAAAACCUCUCCGUCUACUACUCUGAAAGUGCUGACCGUUACGUCCCUCGUGCCGUUCUCGUCGAUUUAGAAUCUGGAGUUUUGGAUGAUGUCAAAUCCAGCACUCAAGGUCAAUUGUUCAGACCAGAUAACUUUAUCAAUGCUCAUUCAGGAGCAGGAAACAAUUGGGCAAAAGGUUUCUACACCGACGGAACUGAAUUGAUUGAAGAAAUUAUUGACACUAUUCGAAAGGAAUCAGAGUUGUGUGAUAGCUUGCAAGGUUUUCAACUCACUCACUCCUUGGGUGGUGGUACUGGUUCUGGAUUAGGUACCUUGUUGGUUUCCAAGAUUAAGGAAGAAUUUCCUGAUCGUAUGUUGGCAACUUUCUCCGUUUUUCCAUCUCCAAAAGUCUCCGAUACUGUGGUCGAACCUUACAACGCCACUCUCAGUAUUCAUCAAUUAAUUGAGAAUGCCGAUCAGGUCUUUACUUUGGACAAUGAAGCUCUCUUUGAUAUCUGCACCAAGAAUUUGAAAUUGUCCUCCUUGUCUGGCUUUGACGAUUUGAACAAGUUGGUCGCUAGUGUCAUGUCCGGAGUGACUUGUUCCUUGAGAUUCCCAGGACAACUCAAUUCCGAUUUGAGAAAGUUGAGCGUGAAUUUAGUUCCAUUCCCUCGUUUGCACUUCUUUAUGGUUUCCAAUGCUCCUAUUGUGGCCGAGAUGAGUAUGCAAUACUCGAAUUUGAGCAUUGCCGAAAUUACUUCUCAAAUGUUCUCACGAAAGAAUAUGUUUGCAGCAUGUGAUCCCAUGCAAGGUAAAUACUUGGCUGCGAGUGCCAUCUUCCGAGGUGCCAAUUUGAGUACUCGUGACAUCGAUCAACAAAUGUUGUUGUUGCAAAAUAAGGCCUCUGAGAACUUUGUGAAUUGGAUUCCAAAUAACAUCAAAUCGUCGGUGUGUGAUGUAGCUCCAAAGGGAAUGAGUGUUUCAGGUACUUUUAUUGGUAAUACCACUGCAAUUCAAGAUGUGUUCAAGAGAAUUGGUGCUCAAUUCCAUCAAAUGUAUAAGAAGAAGGCUUUCAUUCAUUCCUAUAUUAAUGAAGGAAUGGAUGAGAUGGAAUUUACUGAAGCUGAGGCCAAUAUGAAUGAUUUGAUUAAUGAAUAUCAACAGUAUCAAGAUGCUACCAUUGAGGAUGAUGUGGAUGCUGGUUUUGGAUCAGCUCAAGAACAAGCUGAAUUGGAACAAUAA